ACAUGUUGUACAACUACCGUACAGUACAACAGAGAUGUUUGUUUGAAAGUAAUAAUAAAUAUUUUUCUGUUGUUUUAGGAUUUCUUCGAGUGAGAUACGAAUCCGAAACGAUAAAAACGAAGAGAUUAUUAUACCAGAAGCUGAGUUAAAUGAAGACCUGCACAGGCAAUUGGAACAUUAUAUUAUAUAUUUUGAAAAUUCGAAAGUACUGUUUAUGCCUUAUCCAAUCGAGACCAUCAGACAAUUUGUUACUUAUGUACAGACGGACGAUCCCGGAUUGACCUAUAUUACAAACGCUUUCGACAUGUAUCAUCUGAGUUUAAGAUACGAGUUAGAGAAUUUAAGAAAGAAAUGCAGGUCAUUUAUCAUUCAGAAAAUAAAACUGAAUACCGUUUGUUCAAUUCACGAUUUUGCACGUGAGAUCGAUGAUCUAACCAUAAUUUAUUAUUGCUGGGUAGCUUUCAACCAAUACGGAGGAAGAUUAUUUAGAACAGUCGACUUUAAGUGCUGUAAAAUUGCAACAAUUGAUAGACUGCUAUCUCGAGCGAUAUAUGAAUCUGUCAGUGAAUCACUUUUACUACACGCCGUGUAUCAGUGGAGCAUAGAAGAAGUUAAAAGAAAAUUGGGUGCAGUCAAUUUUUAUUCGAUGAACGAAGAAUCGAAAAGAAAUGAAAUAAGAAAUGUUAUGAAGCCAUUUAUUGGAAAAGUCAGAUUUCUUGCCAUGAAUAAAGAAGAAUUGCAGUCGUAUGUUUUUACAAUGAACUUGUUAAACGAAGUAGAAAAGAGUCAUAUCUGGCGAUUUCUUCGAGUGAGAUACGAAUCCGAAACGAUAAAAACGAAGAGAUUAUUAUACCAGAAGCUGAGUUAA